CGGUGCACCAGAGGUCACUCCGCUCAAGUCUCCCAGAGGCGCGCGCUCCUCUGUCCCUGCCCGCAGACGUACCAACAGACAGCAGUCCCUUCCGCGAGCCCUCUACCCGGUACCCGGUGAUGUCUCUCCUCCUCCUCCUCCUCCUCAUCACUGUGCUGUCCCCGCUCCUGGUGCGCGAUGCCGCGGCGUGGAGCGCCAAUGUCAAGUACGCGGUGAACUGCCCGGACCAGUGCAGCGCGGAGCGGUGCGGCGGCACGCAGCGCUGCGCGCGCACGGUCCUGGACGACUGCGGCUGUUGCCAGGUGUGCGCGGCCGCCAGAGGGGAGCACUGUUACCGCACCGUGUCGGGCAUGCACGGCGUGAAGUGCGGACCGGGAUUAUUCUGCGAGUUCUACAAGGACGAGGACGAGUACGGGGACGAGUACGGGAUCUGCAGAGACUGUCUGUAUGGAACCUAUGGGAUUGAGUGCCGCAAGGCAUGCAACUGCAAAGGUGGCAUCUGUGACAGGGAGACGGGAGCUUGUCUCACCCUCAGAUUCUUUGCCAAAAUCGCUGGCAAACUCAAGACUGAGCCUCAAGAAGGAGGAGAGGUGGGGUCGGGAGAGGUCAGCACCGGCCAGGAUCAACACACGGACAGAUCCACCGCUCAGAACCGGCUCAACCCUCGCUGACAAGUGCUGACAAGACUGAAUCUAUUCAGUGUAAAUGUAGCAUUAACUUAUAAAUGAACUGAAAGAUAUAUUUUAUUAUGUUAAACAAUGAGAAACUUUUUUACAGCAUUUGGAGGUUUUUUGUUUGUUUCCGUUUGGUCCUCGUUUGACACAAGCGUCACGUGACACGUCUCGUGAGAUACACCGGCCGUGUUGUUCUCCUCACACUCUCUUUGUCUCUGUUCCUCGUCUGCUUCUCAAGAUUAGCCCGCCGUCUGUUCCCAUGACGGCGUGGACCUCAUGUAGUUCAUGUCACAAGAAAAGUCAUCGCAUUAAGUACCGACUGCACACUGCAACUUUUAUUUUCAUGGAUUCAUUGUCGUCCACUAAAUGUUUUGAUGUUUUCCAUAAUGAUAUCUUAUUUGUACUGUAUAUAUGAAAAGCAGACAUGGACAAUAUCAUGUAUGUGACACCAGCUAAUGUAAAGAAAGCCCUCACAAUUAAACCAAAGUUAUCAAAGACUCUUUUCAUUUUGUGUUUCAUUUACUAAUAAUGCAUGAAUCAUUUGAUACAGAGAGUGUAUUUCAAAAAAAAAUAUAUCGUGUAAUCAAUAUUUACAAACUUUGUUCAGAAACAUCCAAUUUGUCAUUCUCAUUUGAAGGGCUUGCUGCUGUGAUUCUUUUGUGUACACCAGGAUUUCUUUGUAUUUUGGCAUUUUACACAAAUGUUUUUGAAAGAUGGUCAACAAAGUUGCACAAAUAAAUGUUUAACUGCU